UCAUCAUUGUAAUUCAUUCAAUGUUAAAAUAGUCGAUUUUCGGGUUUUUCUUUUUCGCUCUUUCUUUCUUUCAUUUGUAUGUGGACACAUCAUAAUCGUUUAUUUGUACAACGACAAUCAUCAUUAUCGUUACCAUUGCUGCCAUUAUCAAUAUCAUCACCAUUAUCAUCAUUAUUUAUAAGUAAUGCUAAAAGAAUGAAAGAAGAAAGCGAUACUAGUGCCAGUACGAAUGAUCUCUUGGAGCGUCUGGCUUCACAUCAACAUCUUUCUUCAUCUUCGACGUUAAAAUUACAUCAUCAUCAUCAUCAUCAUCAUCAACAACAACAACAAUCAACAUCACCGGCUUCAUCAUCAACAUCAUCAUCAUCAUCAUCACCAUCAAUAUCAAAAGUAACCAGUUCAACAAAUGGAAAUGGUACAACACAAACAGCCAUUGUGGCACCAAGAUCAUCAACAACAGCACAACAAUUAUUAUUAUCACAGCAACAACAACAACAACAACAAGUAUGUUCAUCAAUGGUUACACCUGCAACAUUAUUACAUCAUCAAUCGAAAACAACAUUCGAUAAAAUUGCUCAGAUUUGUAAUAAUAUUUCAUUAUCCGAUACGUUAGCAUUAUCAUCAAUGAUGGCUACUACUAGCCCUGAACAUAAUCGUUUAAUUAGUGAAAUGAUUUCGGCUGGUUCCGAACAUAAUCGCCUUUUUCAAGAAAUAAUGGCUGCCGCAUUAUCAUCACAAGCUAUAAAUCAUAAUAAUAAUAAUAAUAAUAGUUCAAGAUCAAAUAAAUCAUCAAGUUCAGAUUCAUCGAAUGCUGGUUCACCAUUAUCAUCAAUAAGUUUAUCGGUAAAUACAACAUCAUCAACAACAACAACAAAUAAAGUUCCCGGUAUUACAAAACCACGUCAAGCAGAUUCACCUGGUUCUGGUUCUAUUGCAAGUACUACCGGUACACGUGAAAAAGUAUUUGUUUGUCAAAUAUGUAAUAGAAGUUUUGGUUAUAAACAUGUAUUACAGAAUCAUGAACGAACGCAUACUGGUGAAAAACCAUUUGAAUGUCGUGAAUGUCAUAAACGUUUUACUAGAGAUCAUCAUUUAAAAACACAUAUGCGUUUGCAUACCGGUGAAAAGCCAUAUCAUUGUACACAUUGUGAUAGACAAUUUGUACAAGUAGCAAAUUUAAGGCGUCAUUUAAGGGUACAUACUGGUGAACGUCCUUAUGCAUGUGAAUUAUGUACAUCAAAAUUUUCUGAUUCUAAUCAGCUUAAAGCACAUAUGUUAAUACAUAAAGGUGAAAAACCAUUUCAAUGUAAUAAAUGUAUGGGACGUUUUCGUCGUCGUCAUCAUUUAAUGCAUCAUAAGUGUCCUAAAGAUGAAGCUAAUACUGGUAGACCAAGACGUGGUCGUCGUCCAAGGGCUUAUGAUCAAUUAUCACAUCAAUCAUUACAUCAUCAUCAUCAUCAUCUUAAUAAUAAUAAUCAUCAUCUUUUACAUGAUCAUCUAAAUAAUCAAUCAGCCAGUCCAAAUUCAUUAUCAUCAAGUCGACCUGGUUCUGCUGAUGAAUUACUUGCUCAACAAUUACCAUUAUUAACAACGGCAGCGGUUUCAUCUACAACCGCUGUCAAUAACUCAAUGACCAAUAAUAAUAACAGUUAUUUAAGACAUAUCUCUUCUAGCCAUAGUAAAACAACAUCAUCAACAUCAACAAGCCAUAAUCGUUAUCAACAUUUACCAUUGUUACAACCACCGCCAUUACAUCCGCAUCCGUUAUCAUCACCGAAUAAUAAUAAUAAUCAUAGUUUACCACCGACAGCACAUCAUUUUGUAAAUGUUGGCAAUAAUAAUGAUGAUAAUCAUCAUCAACAUCAACAUCAGAAUUUACAACCAACAUCAAAACAAUCAAGACGUAAACCAAGACAUACGAUACGAAUAUUACAACAAAAUGAUAAUAAUAGUGAUAUAUUUUUAAAUAAUAAUAAUAAUGAUGAUGAUGAAAUACAACCAUUAAAUCUUUCCAUUUCACCAAGUUUAACAACUGUUGGUAAACAAUCGUUAAUUGAUUUAAAUAAAUUACAACAACGAGCUUAUAGCCAUAAUAAUAAUAUUAGCCAUACAAAUGUUGAAUUAAUUGUUGAUGAAGAUAAUGUAUUGGAUUUAUCAAGAUCAAGAUCAGAUGCAGAAGAAUCAGAAGAACCAGAACCAAUUGAAGAAGAUGAAGAUGAUGAUGAUGAUGAUGAUGUUAUUGAAGAAAAUAUUGGUGAUAUGGAUGAUGAUGAUGAUGUUAAAAUCAAAAAUGAAAGACGGAAUAUUAUUGAUCAGGAUUUUGAUGAUGAUCAUGAUCAGGAUUUUACAACCAAUGGUCGUAAUAAUAAUUUUAAACGUCUAAAACGUUCAAAUAAUCACCAUUUCAGUAAUAACAACAACAACAACAACAAUCAUCAAACAAACAACAGUAGUAGUAGUAAUGGGUUAAUGAAUCAAUUAUUAUCAUCAUCAACAUCAUCGACAUCGACAACAUUAUCACCAUUUUUAAGUAAAAUUAUGAAGAUAAAAAAUGGAACAUCAUCCAAAACGACCACCACAACCACAACAUCGUCAACAGCAUCAACAGUGCCUUUCAGUUCAACAACAACAACAACAUUUAUUGAUAAAAAUGAUGAUAAUGUGGAUGAUGAUGAUGAUGAAGAAGAAAAAAUUACCGAAAUCAAGACAAGUCCCCCACCACCACCAUCAACAACAUCAGCAAUUUUAUAG